UGCUGCAUCGCUCCGACUACAUCGCUGGCUCUAUGGCAGCCCGCACUUAGACAGCCAAGAAGACAAAGCAGUUGGAUGAUUACUUGCUUGGCUGGGACCGAGAACAAACAACCGACGGGAACAUAAGUCUCGCGAACAAUUCUGCUCGUCUGCCAUCAAGAGAAACUGUCAGGCAGCCUGUGUCAUCUGUGUCCCCAGUGAAUAGGUGCUCCGAUAAGCAUUCAACAUAAGGUGAAACUAACUGGGCGAAGAAGGAGUCUGCCGCGUAUCCUCUGUUGCCCUCAAGUUGCAAUGAAGAUGCCUUCCGGAGAACAUCGAGGCGAAAUCGGCUUUGCCACCCUCCCGGAGCAGGUUCAUAGAAAAUCGGUCAAGAAGGGUUUCGAUUUCACGCUGAUGGUCGUUGGGGAAGCAGGUCUGGGGAAGAGCACCCUCAUCAAUUCGCUCUUUCUCAUGGAUUUAUACGAAGAACGCAAGCAACCCUCAGUUGAUGAGCGAGUUCAUCGCACAGUGUACAUCGAGAAGAAAACCAUGGAGAUCGAGGAGAAAGGUGUCCGUCUUCGGCUCACUGUGGUUGAUACACCGGGCUUCGGUGAUGCGCUGAAUAGUGACGAUUCAUGGCGAGCAAUCGAAAAGUAUAUCGAUGAGCAGUUCAAUCAGUUCUUCCGUGAUGAGAGCGGCCUCAAUCGGAAGAAUAUCGUCGAUAAUCGGGUGCACUGCUGUCUCUACUUCAUACCGCCAUGGGGACACGGUCUACGGCAACUCGAUAUCGAAUUCAUGCGACGGCUCCACAAGAAAGUCAACAUCGUUCCAGUGAUAGCUAAAGCCGAUACGCUAUCACCAAAAGAAGCUGCAGAACUGAAGAAGAUCAUAAUGAAGGAAUUGGAAUCCCAUGAGAUCCGGGUUUAUCAGCUGCCGGAGUGUGAUGAAGAUGAAGACGAAGAACUCAAAACUACAGACCGCGACCUCAAGGAGAGCAUACCAUUCGCCGUGGUUUCCAGCUGCCAAGUCGUAGAAGUUGGUGGCAGAAAAGUUCGCGGCAGGAUCUACCCUUGGGGCGUUGUGGAAGUUGAAAAUCCGAAGCAUUCGGACUUCCUCAAGCUUCGAACCUUCUUGAUCAGAAUUAUCAUGGGUUUGUUCAGUUCGCACAUGCAAGACCUCAAAGAAGUCACCCGGGACGUUCAUUACGAAAACUAUCGAGCUGAAUACAUCCAGACUCUGCGAACCUGUGGAAAAGCCAGCGCUGCUGACAUCGGCGUGGUACCGGUAAUCCCCGAUGCAGACAGACUGCUCCAAGAGAAAGAGGCUGAGCUCCGAAAAAUGCAGGAGAUGCUGGCCCAGAUGCAAGCGAAGCUUAAAGACACGUCCCGUUCGGCUACACCCUCUGGAAGCACAACUCCAGAUCCGGAUUCGAGAUCGCGUCGAGGCUCGCACGAUCUGCUCCACGCGUAA